AUAAUAUCUCGCACUAUAACUACCUAAUGGAGCCAUCGACUGAAUACGUGGCUUUUGAAGAGAAGGUGAAGAAGACGAUUUACAUUGACAACUUAUCCCCUCAGGUUACGAAAGCCGUUUUGGAAAAUGCAAUCAAUCAGUUUGGGAAUGUGAAAGAAGUUCAGUUCGUUCCCACGUAUUUCGCGUCUUGCGGUGUUUGUGCUGCUCUGGUGGAGAUGGAAUCAGCCAAACAGGCUGAAGAAAUCAUCAGUGAGAUGGGUGAUUCUCCUCUUAUGAUAUCCGGAAUGCCCAGGCCCGUGAGAGCCCAAAAGGCCCAAGUUGAAAUGUUCGAGGACCGGCCCAAGAAGCAUCAGAGAACGAUUGUGUGCCGUUGGAUGGAUCCAAGUCAUCAAAACUUUGAGCUGGCUAAGAAGAUUAAGGGUCUGACGAAGAAACAUGCUGCUGAGGCUCAAUAUAUAAUGGAGCUACAACUUGAAGAAGAAGAGAAGCUGCAUAAACAGCAAAGCGAGACCCUGAAAACAAACUACAAGAAGUAUGAGCUGAUUGAUGGUGCACAAGCAGAUGGAAAUGUGAAGCGUUUGAAAGCUGAAUAUGGGAUGACGCUCAACGACCACUGAUCCGAUGCUUCUAAUUUUCAUGGCGUAGGUAGCUUCAUAGAGUGAAGUGAUGGUUUGAGAGAGAUAUUUUAGGCUGUUCAUAUUUGUGUAUGCCCCUUUUAACAUACUAAAAUCAUCAUGGGGUUUGAUACACCCCUGUUAAAAUACUUUGAUGCACCAUUGUAAUGCGGUUUGGUGGACUGUUGGUAAAUUUGUGCAUAGAAUUUGAUUACAACAGCACACCACCUAUUGAUUACUGGUGUAAUGAAUUAUAUGGCUCAUCUGUGCAA